AUGAGUGCUGCUGCUUCUAAUAAUGAUAAAAAAAAGACAGAUAGCCCCAAGUGUCCUGUAGGUGGUGUUCUUCCUCAAAGUGAAAAAUGUCCUCUCAGUCCUAAUUACAAGAUUACUUUGACUCCUGUUGUUGAUGUCUACGAAACAGAUGUUGAUUUUAAAUUUUAUGUUGAGCUUCCAGGUGUUCAUAAGGAAGACAUGAAAGUUGAAGUCAAAGACAAUAUCUUGAAAUUAACUGCAGAGGUAAAGACCGUUGUUGGUGAAGAGGAUAAAGCUCGUUUCAAGGAAAGAAAGUUUGGUAUCUUCUCUCGUGUUAUUCCUCUUCAUAGUAAUGUUGCUGUUGAAAAAAUUGAAGCCAAGUUGGAAAAUGGUAUUCUUACUAUCACUGUCCCUAAAGGCGUUCCUUCCGUUACCAAAUCUAUUACCAUUAAUUAA